AUGACCGUCUUCAACUUGCCCCCCACCGUCUCCCUUGCGGGCAAAGCCGCCAUUGUGACUGGCAGUUCCCGCGGCAUUGGAGCUGGGAUUGCCAUCGAACUCGCCCAGCGUGGCGCUAGGGUUGCGAUUGUUUACCAUGCAGACAAAAGUACUCCGGCAGCUCAGAAGGUCGCAGGGGAGAUCAGCGCCUUGGGUGGUGUCGCGACCCUAGUGCAGGUGGAUCUGUCGACGUUGGAUGCCGGCCGUCGUGUAAUCGAACAGGCGCUACAGGGCCUGCAGGUCUCGCGCAUCGAUAUUCUCGUCAACAACGCAGCAGCAUAUCCCCCUUUCCUGCCGGUCGCAGAGCUCGACGGGGCGUUGUUUGAACAUGAGUUUAUGGUGAAUGUCCGUGCUCCACAUCUGCUGGUGCAGGCCCUGCUCCCUCACCUUGCGGAAAAAGACGGACGCGUCAUCAAUAUAUCGUCCGCCCUGUCUCGCAUCGGUGCUACCAACCUGUCUCUCUACGCGGCCACCAAGGCCGCCUUGGAAUGCCUGGGCCGUCAGUGGGCGCACGAGCUGGCCUGCCCACAUAAGAUGACGGUCAACAAUGUCGCACUGGGAGAGAUUGAUACCGCCGUGGAGGGGGGGGAUAUCCCCGACGAGUUCCGGGAUGCACAGAUCGAGGGGCCCAGCGCAGCCAAACGUCAUGGCACCGUGCAAGAGGUGGCCAACGUCGUCGCGUUUCUGGCUAGUCCGGGGGCCAGCUGGAUUAACGGCAAUACAGUCUCCGUGAGUGGAGGUCAUCUUUACAUUUAG